AUGUCUGCCACCGAGGAUCCUAUUGCUACAGCUCCCGAAGAUGUUGAGGUUGAGCCUGUCGCCGAGGAGCCUUCCGAGUCUUGCCCUGAGACGACUGAGAUCCCUCCUCCCCAGACACCAGUAGAUGCAGCUCUCUUGUCCGGCGAAGAGUCCAAGUCGGAAGCUGUGACGAGUCCUGAGGUUGGAAAGACAAGUGCUUCGCCGGCAAAGAAAUUGACUAUUUCAAGCACCACCAAACGACCUGUCGCAAGCUCGACAGCGGCAAAGCGGACGGUUGGCUCAACUGCUACCGCUGGUGCGAAGCCAACAUCCCGAACUUCGACUGGUGGCAGCACAUUGAGCAAGCCACCUACCCGCCCGACCACAACUUCUACAAGCACAGUCCGCAGACCUCCAAGUGUUAGUACUACUGCGACCCAUCGCUCUCGAGCUUCAAUCAGCAGCUCUGCAGACGAGAAAUCUUCCAAGGUCGCCAGUUCCGGCGAUGAGAAGAAGGGUAUCUCUAGCGCGGCAAAGCGCAUGUCUCUUGCAGGAACUCCCUCUUCUCGAGCCCCAACGAAGGCCACAACAUCUACUGCGGAUCGACGAGCAAGUGUGAUUGGGUCCGCCACUAAACCGGCCUCGAGUACGACAGCUAGUCGAACCAGCACUACUAGUAGACCAACUACUGCCACUGUAACAUCUCGCACUCCAACCACGGCAACCACUCGUACUGCCGUUCGUCCUACUACAACUGCACCUGCCAGGCCAACAGCUACCACUACAAAACGCUUGAGCACCGCCCCCGACGCUAAGUCUGCUUCUACAGAUGCGGGAAAACUUGCAGAGCUCCAGGAGAAAUUGUCUGAGAGCGAAACCACAAUUGCAAGCUUGAAAGCAGAAUUGGAAGCCGCUCAGGAGAAGAUGGCAACAUUCUCACAGUCCGCCGAGGAAGAACCUUCCAAGGUUGACACUGCUGUGGAAGCCAUUCGCGCCGAGCAUGUCUCUAAGAUUGACAAACUUUCUCUGGAUCAUGCACAGGAGGUUCAAGAGUUGCAAGAAAAGCUGGAAGCUGCCGUGUCACGACACAAGGAACUGGAAGCCAAGUCAGUGCAGGAUUUGGAAGAGGCCAAGAAGUUUGCAGUUGACCAAAACGAUUCCAAGACGGCUGCCGUAUUGGAUGACCUCAAAGCGACUCACCUCGCUGAGCUCCAGCGUCUGCAGACCGAAUUAGAAAGCGAAAAGGCAUCUGCAGCAGAGACUGCAGCACAGAUUACCCGUCUAACCGAAGAACUUGAGGCACAGAAGUCUGCACUCGAAACAGCCUCAAAAACUGCUGAGGAGAAGGAGGCUGCCGCCAACGACAAGCACCUUAAUAUUGUUGAGCAGCUUGAAAGGGAGCUGAAGGGACGGGAUCAAGUGGUCGAAAACCUUGAGGUCGAGUUGAAGAAGCUCUGUGAGAGUAAGGAUAAGGAGAUUGCAGCUGAAAAGGAGUCAUCAAUAGAGAAGUUGACAUUAUUGGAGGCCAAGAGGUCGGAACUCGAAGGCAAACUAGCUGAGGCACAGUCUUAUCAAACCGAUUCUGAGAAGGCAGGCAAAAUUCUAGUUGAGAAGGAAAAUGAAAUCGCUGAACAGACUGAAGUUAUCAAGGCAUUAAAAGCUGAGAUUGAUCAGUACAAGGCCACUACCGAGUCCUUGACAGCCGAGAUUGACGGUCUAAAAGCAGCUUCAGGAGAUGCUGAUGCGCAGGCCAAGGAGCUUGGAGCUUCCCACGAGCGCAACAUGGCUGAGCUCAAAGCAGGACAUGAAGCGAAUGUCGCCACGCUUAUCGCCAACCAUGAACAGGCGCUUUCAGAGAAGACCCAGUCCACUGAAACCCUUCAAAGCCAACACCAACAAGAACUUGAGGCUUCAAACGCGCUCAAGACGGAACUCGAGUCUAAGCUCGCUGAAGCUAAAUCGACAAUCGACAGUCUCAAGCGAGAUCAUGAAGAGAGCAUCAGCUCUGCCAACAAUGUCGCUGGACAGGAAAUCGAGUCUUUGAAGGAGAAGGUGACCACAAUGGAAGAAUCAUUGAAGCUUGAUGCGGAAAAGAUCAAGGUCUUGGAAACUGACUUGAGCGCUAAGCAGGAAGAACUUGACUUGUUGCAGAACAAAUUAAAGGAAGAAGCCGCUGCCGCCUCGCGAUCUGCAGAUGAGCUGGCCCAGGAAUCCAGCAAACUUUCUGAGGAGCAUGCACGCGCUGUUGAAGCCUUGAAAGCCGGUCAUUCGUCUGAGUUGGAGCAAUUGUCAUCUACUCAUUCCGAUACUCUUCAAUCCCUUCAAUCUAGCCAUGCUGAGAAGUUGCAAGCUCUUGAAAGUCAGUUGACCGCUGCUCAAGAAGAGACUUCUACCAAGUCUGCCAGUCAACUCGAAGCCCACCAGGCAGAGAUUGAUGCAUUGAAGAAGGAGCAUGAAGAGAAGCUACAGAGUCUUGAAAGCCAACUUGCCACCGUUCAACAAGAGACUUCUACCAAGUCUGCUAGCCAGCUUGAGGCUCACCAAACAGAAAUCGAUACCUUGAAAAAGGGACACAACGAGAAACUGCAAGCUCUUGAAUGUCAGCUGACCGUUGCUCAAGAAGAGACUUCGACCAAGUCUGCCAGUCAGCUCGAAGCUCACCAGGCAGAGAUUAACGCCCUGAAGAAGGAACAUGAAGAGAAGCAGGCUCAAAUCAAGGAGGAGUGGGAGACUGCCCAGGCUUCAAAGGCUGCAAAGACAGACUCUGACCAUAGCCAGGUCAUUGAGGAGCUGUUGACCGCCCACGAAGCGAAGUUGACAAAUCUACGCAACGAGUUGGAGGCAUCCCACCAGGAGAAGCUUGAUACCCUGCAAAAGACUCACGACACUGUCUUGGCUAAUGCCAGCGAGCAGCUCGACAAAGCUAAAGCGGCUGCUGCAGAUACCUCGGUCGUCGAUGGACUCAAUGCACAAAUUGUGGACUUGACCGCCAAGCUUGCUGCUGCGGAAGAGACACUGGUGGCAGUUGAGGAGAAGUCUUUAUCAUCUACCCUCGAAUUGACCAGCAAGCAUGCCGAGGAGCUAUCGAAGGCUCAACAGGAAAGGACAGAACUUGAACAGAAGCACCAAGCAGUCUCAACUCGGCUAGAAGAGUCACACAAAUCACUUGGAGAGCAUCAGCAGACCCAAUCUCGACUUGAGUCCGCUAUUCAGCAGUUAACCGCCGUCCAAGACGAGUUGGCUGCUCUGAAGAAAUCCCAUGAGCAAACCAGCAGUGACUUGGCAUCCACCAUGGACCGCAACAAGACCAUCGAAGAGCAAAUUGCCAAGGGCGAAAAGGAGCUCAAUGAGCAAAUUGAGAAAAACAUGUCUCUCUUGACACAGCUGACCGACGUCGACUCAAACAUCUCCACCAGCCGCAAGCGCAUUCGUGAGCUAGAGGCAGAACUAGCCGCUCUCAAGGAAUCCUCGAAAGAUGCAAAGACCGCAACUAAUAGCACUCUACUUGCAAGCAGAUGGGCCACAAGUGAGGAAGAAACGGAAGAGAAAGGGGGCGCAUCUGCGGAAGGUGAGGAACUUGGUUCUUCCAUAGAGGGAACGAUGGCGAGCAUACAGGAACAGCUUAAGCAGAUUCGAGCGGCAACCGAUGACUGGCAGGAUGAACAUCGCAGAAUCGUCGGCGAACUCGUACAAGCAUCUCGCGGAGCAACACCAGACCCAUCUUCCAAAGAACCCAGCUUAAAAUCACCUACAUCAAUCACUCAGACAAUAACAACUACCACUGAAGACGGCCCAGAAGACGCAACCGCCUAA